GGGGCGUGUCCCGGCGGGCGGUGUCGGAGCCUCCCGCCAGCUGCGGGCAGCGGCCCCGGCAGCGCAGCGGAGCCGGAGCCGGAGCAGCCCCGGCGGAGCAGCGGAGCGCAGCGGGCCGGGCCGGGCCCGCAGCCCCGCGCAGCAUGGCCGAGCCGCCCGCGGCAGCGCCGGCCCCCGAGGGCGAGGAGGGCCCGGUGCGCUUCGCCCGCAAGGGCGCCCUGCGGCAGAAGAACGUGCACGAGGUGAAGAACCACAAGUUCACGGCGCGGUUCUUCAAGCAGCCCACCUUCUGCAGCCACUGCACCGACUUCAUCUGGGGCUUCGGCAAGCAGGGCUUCCAGUGUCAAGUUUGCUGCUUCGUGGUGCACAAGAGGUGCCAUGAAUUCGUCACCUUCUCCUGCCCGGGUGCUGACAAGGGCCCUGCCUCGGAUGAUCCCCGGAGCAAACACAAAUUUAAAAUCCACACGUACUCCAGCCCCACCUUCUGUGACCACUGCGGGUCCUUGCUGUACGGGCUCAUUCACCAGGGGAUGAAAUGUGACACCUGCAUGAUGAACGUGCACAAGCGCUGCGUGAUGAACGUGCCCAGCCUGUGCGGGACGGACCACACGGAGCGCCGCGGCCGCAUCUACAUCCGCGCCGACAUCGACAAGGACGUGCUCACCGUCGUAGUAAGAGAUGCUAAAAACCUAGUUCCCAUGGACCCUAAUGGCUUGUCAGAUCCCUACGUGAAGCUCAAACUAAUCCCUGACCCCAAAAACGAAAGCAAGCAGAAGACCAAAACUAUCAAGUGCUCCCUGAACCCUGAGUGGAACGAGACAUUUAAAUUCCAGCUGAAGGAGGCAGACAAGGACAGGCGGUUGUCAGUGGAGAUCUGGGACUGGGAUCUGACCAGCAGGAACGAUUUCAUGGGCUCCCUGUCCUUCGGCAUCUCCGAGCUGCAGAAGUCGGGCGUGGACGGAUGGUUCAAGCUGCUCAGCCAGGAGGAGGGCGAGUAUUUCAACGUGCCCGUGCCUCCCGAGGGAGAGGAAGGAAACGAGGAACUGAGGCAGAAAUUUGAGAGAGCCAAGAUCGGGACGGGGUCCAAGGCUGCGGAUGAGAAGACCAGAAAUGCCAUCUCCAAACUGGACAACAACGGCAGCCGGGACCGCAUGAAGCUCUCGGACUUCAACUUCCUGAUGGUGCUGGGCAAAGGGAGCUUUGGCAAGGUGAUGCUGGCAGAGAGGAAGGGCACGGACGAGCUGUACGCCGUGAAGAUCCUGAAGAAGGACGUGGUGAUCCAGGACGACGACGUGGAGUGCACCAUGGUGGAGAAGCGCGUGCUGGCGCUCUCGGGGAAGCCUCCCUUCCUCACCCAGCUCCACUCCUGCUUCCAGACCAUGGAUCGCCUGUACUUCGUGAUGGAGUACGUGAAUGGUGGGGACCUGAUGUACCAGAUCCAGCAGGUCGGCAGGUUCAAGGAGCCCCACGCCGUAUUCUACGCAGCAGAAAUAGCCAUCGGGCUCUUCUUCCUGCAGAGCAAAGGCAUCAUUUAUCGGGACCUCAAGCUGGACAAUGUCAUGCUGGACAGCGAGGGGCACAUAAAGAUCGCCGACUUUGGCAUGUGCAAGGAGAACAUCUGGGACGGGGUGACCACCAAGACCUUCUGUGGCACCCCGGACUACAUCGCGCCCGAGAUCAUUGCCUACCAGCCCUACGGGAAGUCGGUGGAUUGGUGGGCGUUUGGAGUGCUGCUCUAUGAGAUGCUGGCUGGCCAGGCCCCCUUUGAGGGAGAAGAUGAAGACGAGCUCUUCCAGUCCAUCAUGGAGCACAACGUCGCCUACCCCAAGUCCAUGUCCAAGGAGGCCGUGGCCAUCUGCAAAGGGCUGAUGACCAAGCACCCUGCCAAGCGCCUGGGCUGCGGCCCCGAGGGGGAGCGGGACAUCAAGGAGCACGCCUUCUUCCGCUACAUCGACUGGGACAAGCUGGAGCGCAAGGAGAUCCAGCCGCCCUUCAAGCCAAAGGCUAAGGACAAACGCGACACUUCCAACUUCGACAAAGAGUUCACCCGGCAGCCGGUGGAGCUGACGCCCACGGACAAACUCUUCAUCAUGAACUUGGACCAGAACGAGUUUGCUGGAUUCUCCUACACCAACCCCGAGUUUGUCAUUAACGUGUAGUCGCGGCGCAGCCCUGUCCUCGCUGUCCCACGCCAGGUGGCCCUGUACAUAGGACACUAGUCUUCCGGGAUUAGCAGUGCAGACACACGUCCCCUCCCGCCAAACACGCCACCGCUUCUCCCCGGAGCUCUCCGUGUCCGUGCCACUCGCUAGCUUGGUGUCCCUAGCCGAGGUGUCCGGGGUGCCAGUUACCGGUCAGUGAUACUUCUAGGAACUAUAGUUGGUGGUGACUCAUAGAGUUUUUAAACAGACAUAUACCAAACCGCUACGGUCUCUGUCGUUUUCGCAGCGGGACGCUGAGAUCCCCGUGAGCCAGCCAGUCCCGAGGCGUUGCUGUGGAAUGCUGAGCAUGGUUGAUCGCUUAAAGCGUUGUGCUGAAGCUUGCGAUGAGUGUGAGCUUGUCUUAGAGGAGCCUUUUGUUCAAGACAUGGAUAUAUUUGAUCAGUGUGGAAAAAUCUGCUUCUAGACCUCUCUUUCCCAAUGCAUUGUCCAUAGGGUCAGCCCGGCUCCCCCUCCCUGCCUCGGGCAUUGCGACUGCCAACCACUCCCAUGGUCCUUGUAAAUCAGAGCAAACCUUUUUCUAAGUGAAAGGUGGGGGGUUUUUGUAACAUCUGGAACAGUUUGCAGUUUUGAUACGCUCUGUCAGCACUCGCAUAAAUCUUUCACAGAUGCUGUUGAGAUGUAACAGCUCUGUAAAGGAUAUUAAUAUUCUACCAACACAAAACACAUUUAUAUUCUUGGUUUACAAUUUACCAACUGAAAACGCGCCCAAGACCAAAGGGCUGCACUGAGGGCUAUUUGUAAUGGAAACUUUUCUACUUUCCACCCUCUGCUAUUCUCUUCCAGGCUCCAAACCCAUGGAUUUCACAGACAUCUUGAUUUCCCUGAUUUCCACCAAAUUCCUGGGGGUUUUAGUCAGUAAUAAUUUUUUUUUUUAAAUUCUGAGUGAGAAGAGACAAUUCCAGCAGCUGCUUGUGAGGCAGAGCCGUGGCGUGCGGGAGGGCAGGGGCAGGCAGGAGCAGCAAGGAGGGAGCAAGGACUGGAAGGAGGAGACAGGAGAGGGCAGGAGAGGGCAGGAGAGGACAGCGGGGAGGAGGGGGCAGGAGAGACGGGCAGGGGCAGGAGAGAUGGGGCAGGAACAGGCAGGAACAGGGAGAAGAAGGCAGGGGCAGGCAGGAACAGGCAGGAGCAGAGAGAGGAGGGAAGGAGAAGGGUGAGGAGGGCAGGAACAGGCAGGAACAGGGAGAUAAGGGCAGGAACAGGCAAGAACAGGCAGGAGCAGGGAGAAGAAGGCAGGAGUAGGCAGGAGCAGGGAGAGGUGGGCAGGAGAAGGGUGAGGAGGGCAGGAGUAGGCAGGAACAGGCAGGAGCAGGGAGAGGAGGGCAGGAGAAGGGAGAUAAGGGCAGGAACAGGCAAGAACAGGCAGGAGCAGGGAGAUAAGGGCAGGAGCAGGCAGGAGCAGGGAGAGGAGGGCAGGAGCAGGCAGGCACUGCCCGUUGGGGGUGACCCUGGCUGGCUGUUGGGCUGGCAGAGGCUGAGCCCCAGCUGAGCAUCCCCCAGGCCCUGUCACCCCGCUCCCGUCACAGCCCAGAGUGGUUUGCAGAACCCCGGCUGUGUUUUCUGAGCCAGCACUGCUUCUGCUGGAUGCAGCCAUUCCUCCAGGCCCCGGGACAUGGGGGGGUUUAUCAAUCAUGAGGAAUUCUAUAGAGGAAAUUCUAGUUCGUAGAUCUUUUAUAAACAUGGAACUCUGCCUUUGGAAAUUUUUUUUUCUUUUAAUGAUUCCUUGAGAACUAGAGGCUGCCAGCAGCUAAGGCGCUGUCAGGGGCUGAGUGUCCCCUCCCUGUCACCCAGCCACGGGCACUGUCCUGUGCCUGCCGGGCUGAGAGCUGAGCCCGUGGCCUCGGGUGCUGCCCUGGGCUGGAGGAACCCAGACCAAACCCAGAAAAACUGCAAAUUGUGCCAGAUCAGGAGGGGCUCUGCAGCAGGCGAGGCCUGGGCUGGGGGCUGUGGCUGGUGGGGCUCCCCGAGGCUGGCACGUCCCAAAGCCACCGGCCAUCCUCUGCAGACCCAGCUGACGUCAGAGCAUGUGCGUUCCCGUGACCUCCCAACUGUUGCUGCAGAAUUUGUGUUCCUCAGUGGUGAAUGUUUCCAUUUCCAUUCUUUGGCUCUGGAGGCGCUCCCAGCUCUGCCCGGGGUGCUCUGGGAGCUCUGGGGGCUGAGGGGCACCCCGGGGCCGUGGGGGCAGGAGCUGCUGCGGGGGGAGUCACACCUUUUUGUUUGGAACCUGUGUGUCUGUGUUGGGGUGACACUGCUGCAUGGAGCAGGCACUGCUGGACCCUGAGCACACCCGGUGGGCUGGGGGGGCCUGCAGGGCAGUGGGGAUGGGCUGAGCACACCCGGUGGGCUGGGGGGGCCUGCAGGGCAGCUGGGAUGAGGCAGCUUUGAGGCAGUUUGGGAUUGAGAUCCACGCUCCAGGGCGAGCUUGGCCAGCGCCAGGUCCUCUUCUCAGGACUCAUACAGUAGGUGUUCUGCUGCUUGCCAAACUCUUGUUCCAAGACUCCUUCCAGGUGUCCUGUCUCCUCUGUGGAGGGAUGCACAGUGGGAAGUGCCUGGCCCUGCGCACGCACUCAGAUCUGUGUGGAAGGAACCCAAACCAAAGGAAGGGCAGAGUGGCAGGGGUCCAGUCACAGUUUGUGUCCUUUGGUGGUGUAAUCCUCACUGUUGGGUGGGCAGAGCAGGGCUUUGGGAGGAUGCUCAGAGCUCCUCAGGGAGCCCAGGCCCCAGGUGCUCCACAGGGCUGUGGGAAAAGCCCAAGAAUCCAGACCUGGAGCUGCUGGGGAUGCAGGGGAGGGGAGCUCAGCUCUGGUGUCCCCCCUGCAUUCAGUGGCACUGGCAGGGUCCCCUGAGGCAGAGGGGGAGCCGGGAGGGCAGGGGAGGGGCUGAGUUGGCAGGACAUGCACAGGGUGGCUCAUCCUCUCUGUCCCCCUUGGACUGCACCCCAGUGCUGCAGGUAAGGGGGCUCAGGCUCUCGGCUGCUUCCCCCUGGACAGGGUGGGCCAGGCGGGUGUCCCUGGGCUGUGCUGAGCCCUUGGGAGCUGUGCCUGUGUCCCCGAGCAGCUCCUGGUCACCAGAGCCAGCAGAGGAGCCAUGGAUCAGCUGAGCCCAUUCACAGAUACACGGGGUUGGGCAGGGCCAGCCGUGGAGCUGAAGGGACAGCAGUGCAGGGCAGUCGCUGUGCUCUGUGCUUGAAUCCCAGAGCUGGGAGCCCGCGAGGAGCCGGGGGUUGGAGCACAGGGCAGGGGGAUCCCGCAGUUCCCAGGGCUGGGAUUGCUCCUGGAGGGGGAGACCUGCUCCCCUGGCAGCGCUGGGCUGCUGUGGCAGGAGCAGGGGCUGUGUGACCACACGCCUCGGGCUCCAUGCAUGGGACUGUCACCUGAGCUGUUCAUUUCUGAGCACAUGCAAAGUGGCAAUUAAGGAGGGAAAAAAAAUUAAAAAAUUUAAAAAAAAAAGAGAAAAUGUUUAUUGUUGAAGAGUUUGUGUUUGUGAAUUUGAUUUCACCUGCAAGUAUUUGAUGACUUUUCUACAUCCUAGACUACCUGCUGUGUGUUGUCAAACGGUCCUCAUGAAGACCUCCUUUUAGAUGGGCAUAUACUCUUGAUUCAAUUUGCUGCAUGUAUGAAAAAAAUAAAACAUUUAAUUUUAAAGAAA